UUGGGUUUCUUCUCCACAGCCCCUGGCUCCACCUCUUCUGCCACAAACAUCAGCAUGGUGGUAUCUGCCAGCCCUUGGUCCGGUGAGAAGGCAGAGAUGAAUAUUCUAGAAAUCAAUGAGAAAUUGCAACCCCAGCUGGAGGAGAACAAACAACAGUUCAGAAACAUGAAAGAGAAGUUUCUUGUAACUCAAGUAGCCUGCUUCCUGGCCAGCCAGCACUACAGAUACAAGUAUGAAGAGUGCAAAGACCUCGUAAAAUUUAUGCUGAGGGAAGAGCUGCAGUUGAAGGAGGAGAAGCUUGCAGAGCAGCUCAAGCAAGCUGAGGAGCUCAGGCAAUAUAAACUCCUGGUUCACUCUCAGGCACGAGAGUUGACUCAGUUAAGGGAGAAGUUACAGGAAGGGAGAGAUGCCUCCCACUCACUGAAUCAGCAUCUCCAGGCCCUUCUCACUCUGGAUAAGCAUGAAAACUCCCAGGGGCAGGACUUCCAAGAACAGCUGGCUGAGGGGUGUAGGCUGGCAAGGCACCUUGUCCACAAGCUCAGCCCAGAAAAUGAUGAAGAUGAGGAUGAAAAUGAUAAAGCUGAGGAGCUUGAUAAAGUACAGGAAUCACCUGCCCCCAGGGAGGAGCAGAAGGCUGAAGAAAAGGAAGUCCCUGAGGACUCAGUGGAGGAAUGUGCCAUCACUUGUUCAAAUAGCCACGGCCCUUCUGACUCCAACCCACCUCACAAGAACACCAAAAUCACAUUUGAGGAAGACAAAGUCAACUCAACUCUGGUUGUAGACAGUGAAUCUUCUCAAGAUGAAUGGCAGGAUGCUCUAAACAUUCUUCCGGAAAAUCAAAAUGAUGAUGAGGAAGAGGAAGGGAAAGCACCAGUGCCCCAGGUAACUCUGUGGAUUUGUGGGCUGAAGCUGCAGGAGUCUAAAGAGAAGGAAGUCCUGCAUGACUGCCUGGAGGAAAGUGUUUUGACUUCUUGUUGUGACCAUGAUGUGUCCCAAUCUUACCAACCUGGUGAAGGCACUUUCUUGGCACUGGAUGAACAGAAAGUUUGUUCUGCUCAGGAUGUAGCCAGCAAACUGUCCAAUUCCAAAGGGGAGGAAACCCCACUUGGCUUCCCAGAUUCCAAAUACUGCUGGAAGGAUGAAAAGGAUGAAAGGAUGUCACAAAAAGUAGCUUUUCCACUUGAUGAAAAAAACGAAAACAGCAAAGCAAGUUCAAUUCCAAACACAGAACUGCAGGAGUCCUUCGCUGAGGAUUGA